AUGGAGAACGUUUACCAGAACGACUGGUUCACCUCCAUAGAUCUGAAGGAUGCUUAUUUUCACAUCCCCAUCAUCCCGAAAAACACUAUGGUUUCCGAGCCUGCAGUAGCUGGUGUCAGGUCGCCCGUGGCAGCUGCCGUGGAGAGAGAAUGCACUCCUCCAGGUGGGAGGGGCGAUCAGGAGCGUCCCAGAGUUAGGUCAGCAUCUCUGGGUCUGGCCGCUGAACGGGAGCGCUUAGAGAGGCUGGGUCUCCUGCACGAUUCAGGGCGCACGAGCCGCCUCUACCACAGCAUCAUACGCAUCAAAGUGGGCAGCUUUUCAGCGCUGACGAAAUCUGGAAUUGCUUUGCUGUACAAUGAUAAGACCAACAACACCUACGAUGUGUGCCUGAAACUGACCAAAGAUGCAUUAACUAUACAGAAGCUGGAUGUGGUCUGCACUAAUGGAAGUGAAUCCCAAGUAAACCACAGAACUGUUGUACUGCGAAGACAGGCGACCGGCGGGCUGGGCUUAAGCAUCAAAGGCGGUGCAGAACACAGCGUUCCGGUGGUUAUUUCAAAGAUUUUUAAAGAUCAAGUCGCCGAUCAGACGGGAAAGCUGUUCGUCGGGGACGCCGUGCUGCAGGUCAAUGGCAUUAAGGUGGAGCACUGCACGCAUGAGGAAGUUGUUCACCUCCUGCGUACUGCAGGUGAUGAGGUCACCAUCACCGUCCGUUACCUGCGAGAAGUCCCAUCAUUCCUAAAACUGCCUCUAGGUUCUCCUGGGCUGGACCGUAGUCGGGGAUCUUCUCCGCUCUUCGAUAGCAGUUUACAUUUAAAUGGAAACGGAAACAACACAGCUGCAUCGCCCCCCUCGCCCUCUGCUAAUGAACCAAAGUAUGAGAAGCGCUGGCUGGAUGCUGUCUGCAUGCCCUUGUUGAUGGCCAGAGUCUCCAGAUACAAAGCUGGCACCGAUAAAUUAAGGUCCAACUGCUUUGAAGUGUUUGCCUUGGAUGGAGCCAGAACCAGUAUUCUUCAGUUUUGCACAGCAGCAGAAAGCACAGACUGGCUCCAAGCAAUAUCUACAAACAUCAACAGCUUAACGCAGGAGAACAUAAAAAUAUUGAACAAAUCCAGUUCUUCAGACAAUCAGAUUGUUCACAUGGGCUGGGCGUGUGAAACUCCUGAAGGCAGCACCACUUGUCGGAGUUCAGUCUUCAAGUUCCUGGCGCUGAGAGGACCACAUUUUAAUAUCUUCAAAUGUCCCCCGAUUGGUGCCACUGACUGGGAACAAGCUGAAACAACGUAUAACCUCUAUGAGGUUCUUUUCAAGGUUCAUAAGCUGUGGAUGACAGAGGACUGCUGGCUCCAGGCGAGGCUCUACCUGGGCUUGGAGCAUUCUCCUGAGCAGCAGGACAGAGAGUCGCUUUGCUUCAGCAUUCUGGUCGGCCAUGGUCAGAGUCACACCUUCCGGGUGGAGCUGGCCACCGACCUGGCUAUUUGGGAGAAGUCCUUCCAAAGAGCCGUUUUCUUGGAAGUACAGCGAGUACGAUCUAAACGCUACAUGUGCAGCAGCCAAGGCAGUGUGCUGAGCUUCACCGUGGAUUUUGGAUCAGGGUUCACCUGCUCAGACGUUGCUUCAAAGACUGUUCUGUGGAGAUACAAGUUCUCUCAACUGAAAGGCUCCUCUGAUGAUGGGAAAACCAGGGUAAAACUUCUGUUUAAGAAUGCUGAGAGCAAUCAAAUAGAGACGAAGGAACUGGAGUUUGCAAAUCUGACAGCAGUCCUCCACUGUAUUCACUCUUUCAUUGCUGCCAAGGUAGCCUCCAUGGACCCUCACUUUAUGUGCAGUCAAAGCUUCCCUGGACAUUAUAUGAACACUUAGAAAGUCUCUUGAAUCUGUAAUUGACCUCCAGAUAUGCUUGUGUUGUCGUGGCUAUUUUUCUAUAAACGUCUGUAAAACAAAUCUUGGUAAAAGACUGUAAAGGUAGAUUCCGCACAAAUAGAUGGUUUUUAUCCAAUUUUGAACAUGAAGGUAAGUAUUUAUAGUUCUGAAACAGCUAUUUCAGCACUUUUCUGCAUUAUUUCUAGUUAAGUAUUAUACAAGAUUACCUAAAUGUAAAGCAGUCCCCAGUUUCUUGCUUGGUAAUUACACUGUAAUAUUUUUCAUAGUUAGUAAUUAAGUAAAGUUUAUUUGUUAAGUCACUUUCUCAGAUAAAACCAUCACAAAAUACUGUACAGAAAACCAAAAAAAUAACAAUUAAGUGCCAUAAAUCGGAUACAAUAAGGCACAAUAGAGCAUAUAAUAAAGUAAACACUGAACAGAAAGCCUGUUUAAACAGGAAAGUUUCUAAUUGCUUUUUAAUGAGUCCACAGAGUCAAGUAAAUGAAGCUGUAGAGGGAGACUAUUCCACAGCCUUAGUUACCAGUUGUUACCUAAUGUUUAUAUUUUUAUUAACAAUUUACUCCGUUUUUUAACAUCUGCUUGCAGGUUAUUACUGUUAAAUAGUUACAUUGUAAUAAUUACUUAAUAUUAAAAAAUGAUUUUAGUUAUGUUACAAAACUAAAACUCCCAUACAGAGCUGUAACAGGAAACGCCUGCCGGAUUUGACAGGACAGGAGAGCUAGCGUAACAUAUGGUGCUUCGCUGCCAUUCGUUUCACAACAUGACUCCAAAUAUCACAGCCUGCAGAGUCAACAAGAUUUUACACUUUUAAAAGUGAUGAUUUAGAUUUAGGUUUUAAAAUUGUUUUGUAGGGCAUUUAGAUACAGAAUACUUCAUUGCACUUUAUUAGCUCAAAAAAGUUUAUUUUAUGACCAACAAUCGUAUUACUGCGUCCAAGAGUGUCCAACAAGAAUCAGGGCUGUCUCGUCAUUAGAGGAGCUUAACAAAAUCAUGUUGCCACCAGUGUAGAGCUUGUUUGAAAUUGGCAGCAGGUGGGUGUGGGGGCAUCUGCUCGUUAUGACAAAAAGAGAAGCAAAGAAGCAACUUCAAUCCAAGACAAAAGCUCAAAGACAGACUGAAAUUCUGCAAGAAGAUGGAGACCAGGAAACUGGUACAAAUUAUGUUCAGUGUUGAGUCGUCAGUCUGAUGGAAUCUGGUGAAGAAAACCUGAGAGCACCCAUAAAGGGAUCAGGCUUAUUCCCACAAUCCAGGAACCGUUUGGAGAUAAUCUGUGGAUUUUCCAGCCUGACGGAGGAAAAGCUCACAAGCUCUGUUGGUUCUGUUUUCAAGUAACAACCUAACUAGUUGUAAGCUGAGUUUAUUUAUGUUCAAAGUUCUGUUCUGAACUGAAUUCCCAGUACAAACAUGAAGUAAAUUUAAUGCAUUCAUUUCAAAAUGUAGAGAUAUUAUGUGCUAAUUAGGUCAUUAAUUAUACUGCUGCAUAGAUUGUAUAAUAUUAUCAGGAAACUCCUCAGAUCUGAACCACACAGAACCAGAAAGCAACGAACUGGGUUCGACUCUAAACUCUGAGAAGACCAGAAAAGCUCAGCAUCAUACAGGAUCUGGUCCACAAGUUGAUAUCCAGCAGCUCAGAGCGACAACAAGAGCAAUACUAUUGGGUUUCUCCAAACUUUUUAAAUGUGUUUAAUUCUUCCUCAGCUUACAGCAGACAUGUAAUACAAUCUAACAAAUUACAAACACAGUCAAAACACAUUUAUGUUGCUGUCUAAAAUUCUGGAAAUGAAGAAUUUGUGUAGAGAUCCUGCUAAUCUGCACCAGAUGGACCCAUUUCAACAACAGAACACUCAGAUGAUGCAUCAGAACCACAUGGGAGGCCACAUUUGUGCCAAAAUGUCUACAUUUUCAUUUCUUCAUAUUCACAUCUGCCUGUUACAGAAAAGGAAAAUCCGUCUCUUUCAUCGCUUCCUGUGCUUUCUGUUUUAUGUUUAGUAAAACUGAAAAUAUGGAACACAUCUCACCGAGCUGCAGUCUAAUUAGUUGAGCUGAGUGACAGUUUCUCUCCUCAUCUUUGUGUCUGGUCUUCUUCACUUAGUCGGAUUCAUUGUUUAGCUUUGUUCUCAUUUCUCUUUGCAAAGCAGACUUAAACUUUUCACUUUGUUCCAUCUAGCAGAGACAUUUCAGUACAGAAUAUCAAGCUAUUUUUGAAAAGUUUUCUCAUUCAGUGGAUGUUUUGAUUGCAUAAUUAACAAUUAUGGGUUCACUAAAAAAUCAUAUUUUCUGCUGUUUCAGUAAAGAAAAUGCUCGCAAAACCAAUUAUACAAACAGUAUUACAGCUUUAACUUGUUGCUGUUUUGCUUAUUACUGACAUUAAUAUUUUAUUUGUGGCUGAAAACAUAAUGAAGCUCUUUGGUUUGCCACUCCACAACUUUCACUUUAUUUUUGCUUUAAAAACUCUUCUUGAGGCAAUUCCAUCUCAAACAACUUUAUGCUACAUUUUCUUUUUUUCCAGUAUAAUUGUAUUGCUUAUAUCCCAAAUCAUGAUUGUACCACUCUCAUGCUUCCAAACAAAUGUCUGUCUCCUCUGUUAUUUUUCAGUGUUUUUCUAUCAUGGGUUUUCUUUGUCAAACUGCAAACUAAUAAUUAUCUACGUUUAGACACUUUAACUAUUGUUAAAUGCUGGUUUCAUGAAUUGUAUAAAAUGUAUGAUGUUUUCCAGGUCUAGAUAAGUAUGGAAAAAAAACAGCAUGUCUGGAUUUUAUCCUAAGAAUAACAAUGUAAGUUUCUAAAAUAAAUAAAUUGCUUAAAAUGUG